ACUGUCAUUUGCGUUGUUUUGGUUUCAAAUGCGAGUGUUGCUUUCGGCAUGUGUUCUCAAAAAAUAAAGUGCACUUUUUUAUAAAUCCUGAACAAUUGUUUCUCCGGUUUUUGACUGUAAAAAUGAAACGCAAAUCAGAAAGCGGCAACAAACCCGCCUUCGUUAAGCGGAAAACCGAACUUGUGUUUGAUCCCAACAAGCGAAAGGAAUUCCUCACUGGUUUUCACAAACGAAAAGAGCACCGGAAGAAACUGGCACAGGGCGAUCUCCAACGCAAACUUAAGGAAGAAGUACGCCGCAUUCGACACGAGGCAAAGGACAAUGUAAAAAAGCUCUACCACUCAUACAAGCCGAUUCCGGAGUUGAGCGCUGCGGAUCGCGAGGAAGACGAAUACGAUACCGAGAAUGUAACGGUGAAGGUUGUUGAAUUAUCCACCACGGAUUUGGCUAAACAGAACAACUGGAUUGGGGAGAACAGUGCCGUUGUCCGCGAUGAGGAGGAAACUGACGAGGAGCAAGAGGAAGAUCAAUCCUCAAGUGACGGGGAAGACAUCGAUACUGUUCCAGGCAUGGAACUGGAAGGAGAGAAGCCGAAAAAGAAGAAAUCCAAGCCAAGCAACGAUUCCGAAGAUGAUCAAGAUGAACCGGAAGACAAAGUGACACCAGCCGCCAGCGGAAAGGAGAAACGCCACGGACCGGUUCUCAACUUGGACGGUGUUCGCUCCAAGAAAGAGCUGAACAAAAAGCUUAAACGGCACGCGCAGAAGUCGAUGCAGAAGAGCAAAGCCUUCCAGAGGUCGGUGCGGGUGCAGCAGCAGAAGCAGCUAAAGGAUUCCCGCAGGGUGCGCCACUUCAAGACCAAACACCUGAAGCGAAGGGGUAAACUGCAAGACGGGGUCAAACAGGGAAAGAAGCGAGGUGGUGGAAGAGAUUAGUGUAUAGAGUUUAAUGUUAAAAAUAAAGAAUAAAAAUAA